AUGGAAAUUGUUCCAGUUGAGAAGGAAAAUACACCAAUUCAAAAAAGUUUAUACAAAGAAACUCUUCUGACCGGUCCUGGUCUAGAAGAGAAUCCUGAGACAUCGAACUUUAUGGACGAUGAUGAACCCAACCCGGAGGAUAAGUGGUAUAAGGAUGAUGAGGAUGUUUUAAAUGGUGAAAAAUCUUUUAAUCCUUGUCCCACGAUUCCAGUGUCAAAAGAGGAAUUUGAGGAAUGGUGCAAACCAUGGAAAAAUACUCUGAUGGUCAAAGUGUUGGGAAAGCGUGUGACUUUCGCCUUUAUGAAGCAACGCCUUCAAAGAGACUGGGAAGGUAAAGGUAAGAUUCAUGUUAUUGAUAUGAAUCGUGACUAUUUCUUGGUUCAUUUUUCAGAUGAGGAGUACUAUAAUCAUGCGCUUAUGGAAGGGCCUUGGAUGGUCGCUGGGCACUACCUUAUUGUCCAGAGAUGGAGACCUUUUUUCUUAUCAGGAUCUACAGAAGCUAGGAAAAUCGCUGCCUGGAUUCGCAUCCCGAAUCUCCCUAUCGAACUUUACAACCAUCGUUUCCUUUGGAGGGUAGGCUCGGCCAUUGGGCAUAUGCUGAAGAUCGACCGAACAACGUCUAUCCAUUCGAGAGGAAAAUUUGCUCGCAUAUGUGUGGAGAUCGACCUGACAAAACAACUUGUGCCACGUAUCUCAGUCCUUGGAUGCGAACUACACCUGAAAUAUGAGGGUCUAUAUCAAAUUUGCUUCUCCUGUGGCAGGUACGGACACAGAUCAGAGCCGUGUACGGAAAAUCCAUCAAUUAUUGGGGAUCCUUUGGAUGAUGUCGGCACCGGAACCAAUCUCCCGAUGAACGGUACGACUGUUCAUGGUGAUAACCAAAAUAGAAAGUUUGAAGAACCGCAAAAUCAGCACAAAAAUGACACUCAUGGCAACGGUCAAAAUAACCCUGAUUUCGGGCCUUGGGUGAUGGUCAAAAGAUACUCCAAUAAAAAGAAGAUCCAAAUAGGACAGAGAUAUUCACAUGAAAAUCAGAAGCAAGUUACCAAGAAUAAUUAUGAAAAGGAUGAGGUCCCAACAAGGAAAGAUCCGGAUGGAUCACGUUUUACGAUCUUGCACAAGGAAACUUCAGAAGACGCCCAGGUAUGCUUGGAACGCGGUGAUAAGACCCAUAAGGAAAUAGAAGUUAAUGGGCUGCCUCAGACCCAAGCCCAACAUGAGAUGGUCAAUUCCCCGAUCCAGAAGAAGGUCCUGAGGCAUAGAGCUGGAAAGAACCCGCAAAACCAAAAAAAGGCCUUGCCUCUUCCAAAAGGGUUAUCUGACCCGGGUAGGAAACCAAACCACAACAAAAAUAAGGAAAAAAAUCCAAUUAUUGCCUCCCCCAACCCUAAAGGGUUGGCUGCUCAACCGAAAGCCGUCGAAGGAAAGGGUAAGGAGUCUGAACUUGAAGGUAUGGAACUUAUGGUCAAGGAGUAUAUGAAGAGGAUGGAGCGAGAGAAAUGGGAAGCCUUCAAUUCUUCAAAGAAUGCCCGUAUGAUGCUAGAUCAACAUGUGGUCCGGGAAAAUAUGCUAUUCAACACUGAGAUGAGUCACUAUUCACUAGAUGAACGCGCAGAAAUUGGCGAGCCCAAAGGAAACCAAGUGAAGAAAUCAGAUGUACUCAUGAUAGAGGCUGGUUCUAGGGAUAGCAUUGAGGAAACAUCCUCCAGGGGCCGUAUAGGUCCAGACCACGGGGCCCCUGCCCGCAAGGGUACUGGCAGCAAAGCUUUCCCAUCCAUUAUUCGGGACCUAAGACAGGAGUAUGAGGCAAAUUUCUUCUUUCUAUUAGAAACUCAUGUUAGUGGUUCUCGAGGCAAACAGAUUCGGGACAAGAUAGGGUUUGAUAAAUCCUUUGUUGUCGAUGCUAUGGGUCACUCUGGAGGAAUAUGGUGUCUCUGGGAUUCCUCAGUUUGGAACGUGGAUGUUUUGGAUCAUGAUAGGCAGUAUGUCCACCUUCAAGUUUCUGGUAAGAACUCGAUUUCCUGGCUACUUAUUGCUGUCUAUGGUAGCCCCCAAAGGGUAACCAGAAGAGCCUUGUGGAACUCUCUCGAAGGGUAUGCCAGGAAUGUUAAUCUCCCGUGGUGCCUGUUGGGGGAUUUCAAUGCCAUGCUGCAUGACUAUAAAAAGCAUGGAGGGACGAUGAACAAUAACCAAAGUGCCUGUAGGGAAUUUCAAGAAUGUAUUUCGAAUAGCGGCCUAGUUGAUUUGGGUUACUCUGGAUGGCCUUUCACUUGGAAGAUAAGGAACCAUGCGGAGAGACUUGACAGGGGGCUGAGUAACCUGGAGUGGCAAAUUAGCUUUCCUGAGGCUUAUGUGAAGCACCUUCCUAUGCUUAAAUCAGACCACUCGCCUAUUGUUCCAACACAUGGCUAG